AUGCGUUGGGGUGCUCGCAGAGUGUUUAUCGCCGCUGCGGGUGGCGCUGCUGUUGUGGGAGGGGCGACGCUGUGGUACGCCACACGCGGGGAAGCCACCAAAAGCAAAUCACCGCCGCAACUCUCCGCUGAGCAAUUCAACGCCUUGCAGGAGAGAGAUCUCCUUGCUGAGGCCCUCCGCACUACACACCUCCCGUGGACUGGAAGAGGCAUCCAACGUGAAGGGAGCCGCCAGUCUGACGGGCGAGACUUUACCAUGACGCUUUAUCGCCUUUUAGGAUGUCCAUACUGCGCCAAGGUGGAGUGGAUGCUGUGCUACCAUUCUGUGCCAUUCAAUACGGUAGAUGUUGACACCCUCACAGGUGCAGGGAUACCCGAUCCCCGCUACACGCUGGUGCCGCAGAUACGGCUAGCACCUGUGGAUGAUGCUAGCAGAAGCAACGUUAGUAACGGCAACAUCACCACCACUCAUGCACCACAGGAGAACGGAGUUUACGUGGUAGACUCACAGCAAAUUAUCUCUACAUUGUCCGUCCCGUUGGGAUUUGCUGCGCAGCUGCAAGAUCCACGUGUCUUGGAGACACGCCAGUGGAUUCAAGACAGGUUUCAGGCCGUGAGUUUUAUUGCAAUCAACAAAACUUGGAGCAACGCUUUUGCUUCAUAUCCAUAUGUGACGCCGCCACAGUAUCAUAACAUCAUCUUUCGUGUCGUAGGAGCUUCCGUACUGCACAUGCUUUCACGGUACAAGAUCCAGCCAAAUCUCAUGGCGCAUGAGACUAGUGCGUCUGCGACGCCACCCAAGGAUGCAGCGGUGUGGUUGGAGAAAGAGUUGUCUGUCUUUAUUUCACAUGUGCAGGCAGCACACUCGCAGCAACACUUCCACGGUGGUAAGGAGCCUGAUAUUGCUGAUGUGGAAAUGUACGCUGUGACCCGUGUGGUGGAUAAGCACCCAAAGCUGCGGCAUGUGCUGCACCAAGGGGCGAUUGGGGAGUGGAACGCUGCGAUGGAUGCGGAGAUGGAAAAGCGAAUGCAUAUGAAACGCUAA